UCCCUCAAACCUGCUACCGUCGGAGCACUUAAAUUCUCUCGACUCGCCCUUCCGUCUUCACAUCUCCUUCUACUCCUCCGUCCAUCUCCGCUCAUUCUUUUCUCUGAGGUUGAUCUUUUGAGAAGAAACCCACAGCCAAAAUGUCUCCUCCUACCGACCAGAAGGUUCUGGGCAUGCCGCCCUUCGUGGCUGACUUCCUCAUGGGAGGUGUCUCUGCCGCUGUCUCCAAGACUGCUGCUGCCCCCAUCGAGCGUAUCAAGCUCCUCAUCCAGAACCAGGAUGAGAUGCUUAAGCAGGGUCGUCUCGACCGCAAGUACGACGGCAUUGCCGACUGCUUCCGUCGUACCGCCGCCGACGAGGGUGUCAUGUCUCUGUGGCGUGGCAACACUGCCAACGUCAUCCGUUACUUCCCCACCCAGGCCCUGAACUUCGCUUUCCGUGACAAGUUCAAGAAGAUGUUCGGCUUCAAGAAGGAGCGCGACGGCUACGCGUGGUGGAUGGCUGGUAACCUGGCCUCCGGUGGUGCUGCUGGUGCCACUUCCCUCCUCUUCGUCUACUCCCUCGACUACGCCCGUACCCGUCUGGCCAACGACGCCAAGUCCGCCAAGAAGGGUGGUGAGCGCCAGUUCAACGGCCUCGUCGACGUCUACCGCAAGACCCUCGCCUCUGACGGUAUUGCCGGUCUCUACCGUGGUUUCAUGCCCUCCGUCGCUGGUAUCGUCGUCUACCGUGGUCUCUACUUCGGUCUCUACGACUCCAUCAAGCCCGUCGUCCUCACCGGUAACCUCGCCAACAACUUCCUUGCCUCUUUCGCUCUCGGAUGGUGCGUCACCACCGCCGCCGGUAUCGCUUCUUACCCCCUUGACACCAUCCGUCGUCGCAUGAUGAUGACCUCUGGUGAGGCCGUCAAGUACAAGAGCUCCUUCGACGCCGGCAAGCAGAUCAUCGCCAAGGAGGGUGUCAAGUCUCUCUUCAAGGGUGCUGGUGCCAACAUUCUCCGUGGUGUUGCCGGUGCUGGUGUCCUGUCCAUCUACGACCAGCUCCAGGUCCUGCUCUUCGGCAAGGCCUUCAAGGGUGGCUCCGGCUAAAUGCCUUGACACCUCUUCGUGUAUAAACUCUUCAUCGGUGGCGGGUUGGCAGUUGGCGAACACCCGGGCUGUGGGGAUUCGUGGCUGGCUAGGAUCAGAUGAGGAUUCGGUUGACAAAAGGGGUGAGAUGGAAGUUGCGGAGGGACUUUGGAUGCGGACGCCACAAAAGGUGGCUCGUCUGCGUCGGCCAGUCCUUCGUGGUUUAGACUGGCAUAUGGCAAGGCGUUCUCUUACAUGACCUGAAGAGCUUUGCUUGCUACCUAAUCCACUGUAAUUUGUACACUAAAGCAAUUCUCGAUUGCAUUUGUUCACGCAACCUCUUUCUCCGCCGGACUCGACUGGCUUCUGGUUUAUCCUGGCGUGGAUUUUCCUUGGUCUUGCAUGAAUUGAUAGACUUCCGU